AAACCUUGUUGUAGCUUCAAUUUAAAUCUACAUUAACUUCGGAGUCAAGGUCUAUGUUAUUUCUGCUUAGCGUACUAUCAUCACAUUUUGUGUGUUUCUCUUUUGUUUGUGUUUUUAACAUAAUAACAAUUUUGUCUCAUUGUAGGAAUUAUCUACGAUUCUAUGCACUCCUACGACCUUGCGUUCUAUAUUGCUGGAGGAACACCAAUUUUAGGGUCGCUAAUUAUGUUUCUUAUCCCCAAAGUUAAACAGAAUUACCCUGCUGUAACAGAAGUGGAGAACUUUGCAUCCAUUUCAAUGCUAGAUCUUCGCGGCAGAGUUUCGUCGAGAGUUGAAAUGGAGAGGUAUGAUAAUAUCAAUGCAAGGUCUGGACCAUCUGCAACUGAACUUCAGAUAGUUCGAGCAGAGGACAUCAUUUUUCAAAAUGGCCACAUCGAUCACUCACCUGGAGAUAUGGAUGUAACAUUAAAAGUUGAAAGGUCUGGAAGAGUGAAAAACAACUAUUCUGAGGAAGCAAACUUAUUGUCAGAUAAAGGAAAUAGUGCUAAUGAAAACGACUCUCACAUCGAAAGUAAUCCUCAAAACAACGAAAAGAAACCUAAGCAAGGAACCGAGGAGGAAUUCUCUGAAUUCAACGAUAAUGCAACGGAAACAAGAGAAAACGAUGACCGAUUUUUCAUUGAUUCACCUGAAGAAAGUUGUGAAGCUGAUACUCUGCUGCAAGAAGUCAACGAAUGCUUAAAAGAAAGACAUUCUCCGAUCUCAGAGGUUUAAAUGGACAGUUAUUCCCGAAAUUGUUAAGAAAAUUUUAAAUCUUGUUCUGUGUUACAUUUUAUUUUAAUGUUGACUCAAAUUCCGCAAGUAGGGACAAUUGUUACGCAUAUUUUAUGUCUGGUUAAACUUUUCUAGUGUAGAUUUUUACAGAAAGGGUUGCACAUCCUUUUAAUUACAUGUAUUGUAUGAACCGUAGAUAGGUGUUUUCAAUGGUAAUUUUUUAUCUAUAGGAUAACGAUGUCUCGUCCAUAAAUUUGCUGUUUAAAAAAAAUCAGGCGUUUUUAGUUUUUUGGUUAAAUAUAUCAAGAGAAUGUGGAAAUGCUGAAUAAAAUACAUAAUAAAGGCCGUAGGCCUGAGUUAUUACCUUUUGCAAUAUUUUCGAAUCCGACUGAUUUAUUCCGCCAAAUAUAUACCGAUAUAAGUUAAAUUCUCUUUUACUACUUCAGAACAGUUAUUAUUUUUGCACUUUUUCCUGUUUACAUAUUUCUCCUUUCGACUGUUACUAAGCACCUGCAAAAAAGCGAUAUUAACAUAAUAUACCCAAAUUGCAACUCAAGUUAUCAAAUAAGAUUGUUGUAAUAUGUAUACAUUACCUCAACUUUUUGCUGGGUUCCUCAUGAAAUUGGCAUGUAACAGCUUUAACAUUGUUUUCUACAUCUUGAAUGAUGGCUAUAGAAACAUAUGAAUUUUAAAACAUAUCAUGCAUAAUUCUUACUCAGAUAAACAUAUCAAUUAAGGUAUCAAAAAAAAUUCAAAUACCAGUGAAAGUGCUGCCUUUAAAACCUGUGUACUGACCUCACAACUGAAGAUAUCGAUGUCAAUCUGAAACUUCAAUUUCAAGUUGACAGUAUAUGUUAAAAAAAAUAUCGAUCCGGAAUCAGCUUUGUUGCACCUCCAAAAUGCCUUGCAUAUAUGUUUACACGGGAGAGGGGUUAUUUUAUAUAUUUUAAUUACGCGCGUAUGCUUACCAAGUGAAACUGCAAUCACCAAAUUUAAACUUGGUAGAAUAAUUUACUACAUGCUUUAUGAUAAACUUUUUUUUCCUAUUUUGAUUCUGUUAUUGAUCACCUCAUCUCUUAAUUAUAACUUCAAAUUAAUCUUAAUUAUUCAAUCGUUUGCUUUCAGUGGUUUUUAUGAGAUUUUCACUUUACAUGUAAUUAGUUAUUUUGAUGUUUCCUGUUCCCGUUGCCGUUGUUUUUAUCCACCUAAAGUACUGAUAUUUUACUGAUGCUACCCUACGGUCAUUGUAUUCGGGUUUUUUCACAAUGGCAGCAGAUUAAAAUCGGACUGUUUUUCGUUGUCAAUAAAUUUAUCGAAUAUAACGUAUGAUUCUGUACAAAUAUUUAGAAAUGAGUAAAAAAAACAUGUUAUACUAGGUAAAAAUAGGCAGUAAAAGAAAUAGAAAACCACAUGACAUGUGUAGACCACUACUUGCACCAAAGUGAACAUUCUAUGGACAUCUGGCUUUAAAUGAACUUUAGGACAAACAUACGCUUUAUAUAGAGAGGGUUAUUUCAAAGUUUGAUAUUGUCAUCAUUUAAUAGAUUUAAAAGAAGAGAGCAAAUUUGUCCAUGUGCAUUAUUACAAAAAAACCACCACAACUUCAUAAGCAAUAUUAUUAUUUUAUUUGGGUUUUUCACAUUUGUUUUCUAUUUUGGCCUUGCAACUUUUGUUACGAGGUGAUACAUCCAUUUGAGCACGUGUAAAUUGAAAAGAUUGCAAAUAUCAGUGUUCGUAAACUUAAAAUAUAUACUUUUAACUGACAUCUUUGUUAAGAUAGAUAUUCUUUGUUAUUGCGUACACCUCUUAACUUCGAAAUAAAAUGACCGAAUUAAAAAUAACAACAUAUGAAAAACGUUAAUACAUUUGGAUGAAUUCUGCAAUUUUUUUUUUGUAAAAAUUGCUAUACGAUACGAUUUCUGUUCGUUGAUACAAUUAUUACAUCUUUAUGUAUGAAAAAAUAUGGAGUCUCGAUCAAAUUUAUCAUGAUAGCAAUACUCAGUUAAAAACACAAGAACACGUCCUCGUGAUCAACUAUUUGAAAGAGUAAUAAUGGCUUGUGUCUAUUUAACAAGUCCUAGUAAGUCGAAUUCGUUUUCUGUUUACCAAGUUUUCUAAUGCUGAUAAUAAUAAUAUUUAUUCAGAAAAAGGCAUUCACAACAAAACAGUUUCAUAUAAGUAGGUAAUUUACAAAGUUGAUAUCUAUAAUUUACGUAUAUCAUUACACCUUGGAUAGCCCAUCAAAUCAAUAGAAAGCUUAUUUCCAAUGGGGUCUCCAUUUCCAAUUGUAUAAUGGAAUGUACAACAUUGUUUCUUCACUUAACACCGUUAUCAUGGCAAUACGCUGGGCCAUAUAUUUUGGCAACUGAUAUAUUCGGAUUGUUGUGGGCGCACUGAUUGACCUAGUGUUAGUUGUGCUUAACAGUAGUGGCUCGUCUUUUUACUUGUUGUUGACAAUGUGUAGUAGAGAAGAUGUGUAUAUAUACAAAUUUAUACGCAGUGUUGCCUGAGCCGUUAUUAUGUUCAUUACACAGGGAGCGUUAUUGGUGAUUUGACUUACUUACUUACUUACUAGGUUUGUUGUGUCUUUCAUACAUUUUCAAGAUGUUUAAGAUUUAUUACUAGCUUGUGACGUCACAGUGACCUUUUCUUAGGUUUUUAUAUUGUGACAGAUUGUGCUAUUUAUUUAUAUCGUUAUGUAAACCAUAUAAUGAAUAAAGUCUCCAACAGUAUAUAUCCCGUUUCAUCGGAAUUUCAUAAAAUUCGCUGAAGCUUGUUUCAUAAAAUACGUGCAAUAGCUCAAUUUAUAAGCUUUGUGUUGGUUAGCUUUCAUUUGUAAUUGUUGAUUUGUAAUCUAUUUGAUGAUAAACGUGAUAAUGGAUAUGAAAUCGAAGAAUUUGAAGGUCAUACAUCAUCAUCAUAUUGUGACUACACAUAUAAGGAAGUUUUAUAUGUAGGAAUGGGCUGACAUGUCCCGGCUUCCUUAAUGAUUCACAUGGAGAUUACUUUACUGAUAGCCACGUGGCAGAAAGGAAUGUCUUUUCUAUUUGCUAAUACUUCAAAAUGAAAGUAAACUGGGCUUACGUAAAGAGAAGAAAUCAAUUGAUUACAUAAUCAAACUACUUCGCCUAGUGUUUGUGGAUAUUGUUAUGAAAUGGUGAGUGUUACAUGUGUUAUAGCUGUGUAUGUGGUAAUUUAUCAAUGAUAGUUUAAUAAAACUGUAGGUUAAUCGUCUAUGCUAAAUACUUCAUAACGUUUUCCAUUUAAUAUAAAGUAAAAUCAGCAUUUAAGAGUCGCAACGUUGUGAACCUUGUAUUUCAUACAUCGCUCAUUGUGUACAUCUGACUUGAGGUUUAGUAAAUGGCAUUGCAAUAAUCUUUGUUCUUACCCUUUAAUUUUGCAAAUGUUUUAUGACGUAAGCAAAGACAAUGUCUGCAUAUUAAUGUUUUAUGAAUGUUAUCAAAAUGUGGUAAGUAAUGUUCUUCAUUUAUACUUUUACCCAGUAACUCGCUUUAAAUGUGUUAAACACGCCUUUAUUUACUCAGUUGGCCUGAAAAAACAAUGUGCUAUUACAUCAACAUCUCGUAUUUUACAAGUAAUAAAUUAGUGAUGUAUUAUUGUAUGUCCAUGGAGAUUAAAUCAUACUACUGAUUUGCUUCUCAAGAGCUUGUUCUAAAAAACAGGAUUUUCCAUAUGGAUGCGUCCUGUUGACCAGUUAUCUAUUUCGCACGGUUUUCCACCAAAAACAUUUUAUUCAUGCUGAAGUUAUUUUGCAGUCAUUAUUCUGACUAAAUUUUCAACUACACUGUACAGUUUCUUCCAUGGUCAUUUACAUGUAUACCGUGUUUGAGAUCGUUGCGUACCGACGUACUUUCCUGAAGUUGAAGACACCCUAACAUUUGAAGCGCUUAUCAUUCCAGAACAUAUUUGGUUUUACUUCCGAGUGUUUAUGGUAUUUCACUUUUGUUUCCUUAUUUGUAAUUGCUGUUGUUAGCAUCACAGGAAAGUGAACUUAGAUUGCAUUUUUCGUAUUUAGCAUUACUCAAUAACUAAAAGAUCAGAGAGUUCAAAUGUAUAUGGGUAGGAAAAGGGACCCACAAGGGGAAACGAGUAUACAGAUUUAAACGACUUCUUAAAAUCUCACUGGUUUAACGGGACUUAAUUUUGUAUGUAUGUUUAAAUUUACACGAAUGGGUCAAAUGAUUCAUCACUGGUCGUAGUAAUUACUUGUAACAAAUCUGUAAAAUGGAUGCAUGCUAUUGUGUUAUAUUGCAUUUGUUGUAUUAUUUUGAAAUUGUUGUUACAUUAUGUGAUUUUGUCGGAGUUGGCCUUAAUGUGCAGUAUACAUUACACAUGAUGUACAUGAGUGCUGUGUCAAAAUAUUUUUGUUGGACGUUCGAGUAAGAUGAAUGUAUGAUUCCCGAUUAAGUCCUCUUCAUAAAGCUGUGAUCUAACUUAUCCAAGACAUAUUUACUGCUUAUGUAUAUAGAAGCUCCUUAUAUUGCCCGCUGUUGUUUAAUGGUCGACCUAAUAAGUUAGCUGCUACUGUUUAUAUUAUCAUAUUGCAAGUGUAAGUGUGCGUUUUUUAACUGUUACAGGGCUUUCCUUCAGAUUAACAAGAAUUUAAUAUAUUCGUGCUAUGUCAUUCAUGAGAAAUGUAAAAGAAUCCAGCGCUUGUCGAUUUAUUCAAAUUAAUAAACUGAACUAUUCCAGAAAUAUUUAUCAAACACUGUUGCCUGAACCUAUUCUAUUCUGACAGAUAUGUCUCUUACCCAUGAUUUUACAUGACAUUCGAGUUUAAGGAAUUUAUGGAUUUUCAGACUGCAAAUGCUCUAAAAAUAAAACGCUUGAAAGACCAAUCAACGUAUAAUAGAGCAAAACAGGAUUAAAUAUAUUCGAUGUAAAUGUAUUUUUUUCGGCGAAAUAGUAACCAUUUAGAAAUAUUUAUUAAAUCAUUUCGGUGGAAAAUCUGUGUAACACAAUGUAUGAUAUGACCGAUAUAAAUAGAAUCUAUUCUUAAAUCUACUUAAGUAAAUUAUCUGUUCUACAUGUAUGUCAUUGCCUUUAUAUUCUCGAUCAAUGCCUGUGACACUAAUCAAGCCCUAGCAGAAAGCAUUGAACCAUUGGUCAUCACUACAGUUACAUUAACACCGUCAUGAGACCAUUACAAUUGUCACUUUCUAACAUGAUCAAAGAAGGUAGCCGAUUCAAUUUCAAUUCCGUGUACAUUUAUUAAUGAAGUUUGAUUUGUAUUCAAGAUGUUUACCAAAAGUGUUUUCGUAUGGUUAUACAAGUGAUAGCGUAGUUAGCAUUAAUUAAUUAUUUUAUAUUUGCAUAAAUUAACUUUGAUAUUAUGUAAAAAUAAAUGAAUUAAUUAAUUCCAUUGAUUCCUAAAUGUGUUGCCAACCCAAUUUUCAUCUGGCUUUUACUGAAGGUGUGUAUUGAUUUACGAUAGGGAACUUCGCUAAAGAUGUCGUCUUUUUAUAAGUACAUGUUUUUGUUUGGCCGCUUGUCUUCUGAUGAGUUAAAUUAUGUCAAUUUGAAUGUUUUGCGAAAUAAAUCAUUUCAGAAUAUAUACCAAAUAAGAGAAGUGCACAUCCCUUUUCUGAGAGAGUUAUUCAGUUAUAUUUGAUGAAUGGCAAUUUCGACUCAGAUUCGUUGACUACAAAGUUGAAAGGUUCAAAAGAAUGAAUUGUAAUGAUAACAAUCUGUUGAUCUGAAUAAUUAGUUAAUUCAAGUAUUUCUAAGGUAGAUAACUCUGAAUCAAAUGACUGGUAUCGGCUUUAAGCUAGCAGAUAACCUUGAUUGGAAUUAUUUUAAAUUCAGUUACAUUUAAUGUAAUAACUAAAAAGCUUAUUAUAGCUCAUCUGAUAGCUCUUUUUGUUUUCGUCAAAUCCUUUAAUGCGACGAAGGAUCCCGUUUACAUCUAUGAUUGUUUUGAUUGAAUCUAUAAUGCAGUAUUACACAUUUAAACAUUGAUAUCAAACUUUUACUUUUUACACAAACAAUGUACGUA